AUGGAAAAUGAUGCUAAAAAGGAAGAUAAAUGCUCAGAAAAUAGUCCGAAUGGCUUUAAAGAGCUGAGAAAGAUAUUCUUCCGAUUGAAUACGUUUUACACGUUUCUUAUGUCCAGGAAACAUGUUGUUACGACAUUUGAAGUUUUGAAAAAACCGAUCGAAAAGGACUUGAAACGGUGUUUGGGAAUAGAAGAUUUAGCUAAAAUUGCCUACUUAUUGCCCAGGGACGUUGAUUUCAAGUAUGUGGACAUAAAUCAGUUCCAGACGGAAUCCAAGAAAUUCGAUUUUAAUCGUGGUGGGUACGAGCAGAAAAGUUCAGAUAUUUUCCAAUUGAGACCAGAAAAUAGUGAGUUCGAUAGUAUAGAGGAGACACAGGUGUUGGUUUUUGAGUUCACCGAUGGGAAUUUGUCCAGAUCUUUGUCCAGAAAGGAUUUCAAGACGCAAGUUAAAUUGCCAGAGUUUACACCGGAGGCUAUGAAAAAGAUGAUUAGCAAGCGGAAAGAGAUAUUUGAAGCGAGUAUUCGCAGAUUUUUGUCAGAAUGUCGUCUGCGGAAUGUUGAUCCUUGGGAAAGAUUAGAACAAGAAAGUGCGGGUGUGAUUCCACAUAAGAAAGAGUACGUGGACCCGAUAGAGUCUAUGAUGAAAGCCCACGAGGGUGAAACAAGUGUAGUUGUAGACGAAUCGACGAAUGCAACGAGACCAACGAUUCCCAUACUUUUGGCAAAACUUAAACUAUGGGAAUUAUAUAAUAGUCAAAUUGUCGACGAAUUUCUAAUGGCUAAAAGAGCGCCGAAAUUUGGUGAUUUGGAUUUCCGAAUGUCGCCAGAAGUCCUCCAAGUGAUUGAACACGAUCGGUUUUAUUCCCAUCAGGCCGAAGCACUCAAUGCGAUUCACCGAGGCGAACACGUUAUAAUUACAACGUCCACUUCCUCGGGUAAAUCGCUUAUUUAUCAACUUUCAGCAAUGGACGCUCUGCUGAAAGACCCGGAAUCGACUUUCAUGUACAUUUUCCCAACCAAGGCGCUGGCGCAAGAUCAAAAAAGGUCGUUUCAAUUAUUGAUUAGCAAAAUUCCACAACUUCAACAUGUACUUGUCGACACUUACGAUGGUGAUACGGAAAAAGUUAAUCGGGCUUUUAUAAGAAAGAAUGCUCGCGUGAUUUUUACGAAUCCAGAUAUGGUACAUGCAAGCAUCCUGCCCAAUCACCCCAAUUGGCGACAUUUCCUGAUGCAUUUGAAGCUUGUGGUCGUCGACGAGCUCCACGUUUACAAAGGCCUAUUUGGAUCUCAUGUUGCUCUAGUCAUGCGACGAUUGCUCAGACUCGCAAAGAGUUUUUACAACAAUCACGAAAUGCAGUUUGUAUCCUGUUCUGCCACUGUAAAAAGACCAGUAGAGCAUAUGCGAAACAUUUUCGGUAUCCAGGAUCUUGUGCUGAUAGAAGAAGACGGAUCACCAAGAGGCGAGAAGCAUUUAGUGGUCUGGAAUCCACCUCUUUUGUCCCAACACAUGAGAAGACGGGAAAACUUCAUUCAAGAGAGUGCAAGAAUCCUAGUUGAACUGAUCCUAUCAAAUGUCAGAAGCAUUGCAUUUUGUUACGUUAGACGCGUGUGUGAGUUGUUGAUGAAAGAAGUGAGGAAUAUUCUACAAGAAAUGAAUAGAACGGACCUUCUUCACGAGGUCAUGUCCUACAGAGGUGGGUAUUCUCCGAGUGACAGAAGAAAAAUCGAGCAAGAGAUGUUUCACGGAAAUCUGAGAGCAGUUAUUUCUACGAACGCUUUGGAGCUAGGUAUUGACAUUGGUGGUCUAGACUGCGUGUUGAUGUGCGGAUUCCCUCUAUCUUUGGCCAAUUUUCACCAACAAAGUGGUAGAGCUGGUAGAAGAAAUAGAGACUCACUCACGUUAGUGGUUGCGAGCGACUCACCUGUAGAUCAACAUUAUGUGGCACAUCCAGAACUCCUAAGAGAAGGUGGGAACAGAGAUUCGUUUCAGGAACUCAUCUUGGAUUUCGAUAAUAUGCUCAUUCUAGAGGGCCACAUACAAUGUGCAGCUUUCGAAUUACCUAUAAAGAUCGAAAGAGAUGAAAAUUAUUUCAAAAAGGAGAACCUCUCAAAGAUUUGCCACGAAAGGCUUCAGCAAGAUGAGAAUGGCUUUCACACAAAUAAUAGAUUUUUGCCAUGGCCGUCUAAACUGGUUUCUUUACGUGGAGGUGAAGAGGAUCAAUACGCCGUUGUCGAUAUCACAAAUGGGAGAAAUAUUGUGAUUGAAGAGGUCGAAGCUUCACGGUCGAGUUUUACAUUGUACGACGGUGGCAUUUUCAUCCAUCAAGGAUACCCGUACUUGGUCAAAGAAUUCAAUCCAGAUGAACGUUAUGCCAAAGUACAAAGAGUUGAUGUUGAUUGGGUUACAAGCCAAAGGGAUUUCAAUGAUGUCGAUCCACGCGAGAUUGAAAUGAUAAGAUCACUUGAAAGCAGCGAUGUACCAAUAUUCUUUGGUAAAAUUCAAAGCACUAUAAUUGUGUUUGGAUUUUUCAAGAUAGACAAGCAUAAAAGGAUUAUCGACGCGGUCGAGACCCAUAAUCCGCCUAUAAUUAUUGAUUCCAAAGGUUUCUGGAUUGAUUUACCUCCCAGGGUCAUUGAACUCUGUCAGCAGAAAGAGCUAAGUAUUGCUGGUGGAAUACAUGCAGCCCAGCAUGCUGUUAUGAGUCUUCUUCCAUCUUUCAUUGUAGCAGGUGUCGACGAAAUCCAGACUGAAUGUAAGGCACCUGAAAAGGAAUUCGCUGAGAGGCAAACCGCAAGGAAACGGCCCGCUCGCUUAAUCUUUUAUGAUUCAAAAGGCGGUAAAUUUGGGUCUGGUUUAUCAACAAAGGCCUUCGAACACAUUGACGACAUCUUGGAAGGCGCUCUAGAAAGAGUAAAGAACUGCCCUUGCGAUUGGGGUUGUCCCGAAUGUAUUGCUGCCCCAAUCUGUAAAGAGAAUUGUUUGGUUUUAUCCAAACCAGCGAGUUUGAUCAUACUCCAUAGUAUCUUAGGUCACUCCGAAAGUGAUUAUUUCGAUUCAAUAGCGGAAGGCCCAGAGCCCAACAUGCCUGAGAUCAAAGUAGAGACCAUCGUUCCUGCUCAUGAGCAGGUUAAGUUUACCUCAGACGUUAAAAUUAUUGACGUUCGAAAAAAAGAUGGCCCGGUGGCAGAGCAAUUCAAGGUAAAAGAGGAAGAAUAG